CUCCCUCCAUGUCCACUCAUCAAAAAAUUAAAAAUAUCCAACCGUAAUUGCAGUUGAACUCGCUAAAUUACCGAAUCAAACCGAAGAGCAAGAUUUUCUCGCGUUCUUUCCCGGCGAUUAUAUUUUAUUUUUCUAUCCCAGUUUUUGAUAGAUUUUCCAGGAAAAUUGUAUAUCCAAUAGAAGACAGAAAAUAAAGAAAACAUGGCAUUGAGCUUAACUCACCAGAUCGGAAGCCUAGCCGGUACGCCGGUGCCAGAUACUUCGGCGGGAGAGUCGUCUACGUCGUCGGCGACAGUUAGCGCAGCGGCGGUGUGGAAGUCUCCGUCAGCGAACAUCCGAUGCGCGGCGAGGAAACCAGAUCCGGCUGGAGCAGACGCGCUGUCUCCUCCGCUGACACCGUGCAGGUCGCCGUCGUUUACGGGAAUACGGCCAGAUCUCGGAGUGAAUAGGAAGAAGGCGGUGAACGCGGCGAUGAUGGCGUUGAAAAGCGCCGGUGUGGAGGGCAUCAUGAUGGACGUGUGGUGGGGGCUUGUGGAGAGGGAGAAGCCUGGGGAAUAUAAUUGGGGAGGGUAUAGGGAGCUUCUGGAAAUGGCGAAGAAACAUGGCUUGAAGGUCCAGGCGGUUAUGUCGUUUCAUCAAUGCGGGGGUAACGUCGGUGAUUCAUGCACUAUUCCCUUGCCUAAAUGGGUAGUGGAGGAGAUUAACAAUGAUCCUGAUCUUGCAUACACUGAUCAAUGGGGAAGAAGAAACUACGAAUACCUAUCACUGGGUUGUGAUACUUUGCCUGUACUCAAGGGCCGUACACCAGUUCAAUGUUAUGCUGAUUUCAUGCGUGCCUUCAGAGACAAUUUCAAGAACCUUCUUGGUGACACUAUUGUGGAAAUACAAGUUGGUAUGGGUCCAGCUGGUGAGUUGCGUUACCCUUCAUACCCAGAGCAAAAUGGCACAUGGAGGUUCCCAGGAAUUGGUGCUUUUCAAUGCUAUGAUAAGUAUAUGUUGAGUAGCUUGAAAGCUGCAGCCGAAGAUGCCGGUAAGCCAGAAUGGGGAAGCACAGGCCCAAGAGAUGCUGGUGAAUAUAAUAACUGGCCAGAAGACACACCAUUCUUCCGCAAAGAAGGAGGAGGCUGGAAUAGCGAAUAUGGCGAAUUUUUCCUCACUUGGUACUCUAAGAUGCUCUUAGACCAUGGUGAGAGGAUCCUCACCACAGCUAAGUCGAUCUUUGAGGACACAGGAGUCAAGAUAUCAGUAAAAGUUGCUGGCAUCCACUGGCACUAUGGUACAAGGUCUCAUGCUGCAGAGCUCACAGCAGGUUACUACAACACCAGGUUCCGGGACGGCUACAUCCCCAUCGCCGAGAUGCUUGCACGACAUGGCGCCAUCUUCAAUUUCACGUGCAUUGAGAUGCGCGACCAUGAGCAGCCUCAGGAUGCUCUCUGCGCACCGGAGAAGCUCGUGAAGCAAGUGGCUUUGGCAACUCAAAAAGCGAAGGUUCCCCUUGCCGGUGAGAAUGCGCUGCCAAGGUAUGACGAGUAUGCACACAAACAGAUCUUAAAGGCAUCACAGCUGAACGUGGAUGAGGACUCUGGCGAAAAAGAGAUGUGUGCAUUCACAUACCUGAGGAUGAACCCUCAUCUAUUCCAGCCAGAUAACUGGAGGAAGUUUGUGGCAUUUGUGAAGAAGAUGAAAGAAGGGAAGAGUGCACGUAAGUGUUGGGAGCAAGUGGAGAGAGAAGCAGAGCAUUUUGUGCAUGUCUCGCAGCCACUUGUGCAAGAGGCUGCUGUUGCUCUUAGUCAAUAAUAAUUUGCUUGGAUCUUCUUCGUCUUGGGCUUUAGGAAAUCAGUGACAGAUAGGCUAUGAAAGUUUUAGUUAUGCAGCAGCCUAUCUCUCUGGCUUUGGAGAUGUAUAAUUUUGUAUUAUAUUUGUUGUAUUCUACCGAAAACAUCUAUUAUUAUUACCAUUCAUGUAGCGUAAUGCCGUAAUGUAUUGUUGAGGCAAGAUUAUGUUAUUAUCAAUAUUAUUUCAAAGGGUGUUUUUUUCGUCCA